AUGUCGACGAUCCUGCCAAAAAUAGAGCAGGAGUCUUCCGUACAUAACAGUAUCUACUACUGUUACAAGGCCAUAGAAGCUCUAAGGCACCGGCUAGGGACUUCUAUUCCACCUGACGAACUUGUCAUUGUCAGCUUAUGGAAUCUAAUCAGCGCAGAAGCUAAUCGCGGCGACGUUGACGCUGCUCUUACCCACCUCAAAGGGGCCAGGGCGGUCUUUAUUCACCUUCAGGAGUCUGGCAACCCUCCAGGCCCACCAUAUGUUGCACUCAUCCGAGCUUGCGGGUCACACGUCGCCGCGGCCUCGUUGUUGGGUAAACAUGGCUCGACCAGUGCGGGGCGCUUUGGAUGA